AUGUCCGCCCGAAAUACUCUAGAGCUCGUUUCUACAAAGCUCGCAGUUUUAAGAACUUUCGUAGAAUACUUUAAUUCUCCUCGAUUGAUACAUCUUAAAAACUUUAUAUUCGUUUUAGUAGUGUAUCGCUAUGGAAGAAUUCUUUUAAAUAAGCUUGCAAUUCAAGGAGUUCGCCGUACCCUUGGUGACUUUUAUAAGAUUGUUGCUGGCACCAUAUUAAAAAUUGUUGUAAAUGCUCCAGUUGCAAAAAAGACGAUUCGAGCUAAUAUUGAUAAAACCAUUAGGGAGCUUGAAGAAAAAGUUGCUCCCAAAGAAGGAUUGCCACGUUAUCUUUCCUUACCAGAUGUUGGAUUUGAUGAUCAACAAGUUAAGGAAGAAUUAAGAAGAUAUCAAGACAUGAAAAGUAUAGAUUGGGAAGAUGGUCGUUUGUCUGGUGCUGUCUAUAAUGGGGGCCAUGAACUUUCAAAACUGAUAUCUGAAGCAUAUUCCAUGUUCUGUGUAAGCAAUCCUUUGCAUCCUGAUGUAUUCCCUGGAGUACGCAAGAUGGAUGCAGAAAUUGUUGCUAUGGUAUUAGACUUAUAUAAUGCUCCAAAUGAUGCAGGUGGCACUACUACUUCUGGUGGUACUGAAAGUAUAAUUAUGGCAUGCAAGACUUACCGAGACUGGGCGAGAAGCGAAAAAGGAAUAACUGAACCGGAAAUGAUUGUACCGGAUACUAUUCAUGCUGCUUUUGAUAAAGCUGCAGGUUAUUUAAAUAUCAAAAUGAUCCACGUUCCAAUUGAUCCUGUCACACUCAGGGUUGAUACUAAGGCUAUCGCGGGAUCCGCACCAAACUUUCCUCAUGGUAUUAUUGAUGAUAUUCCUACUCUAGCGGGAAUUGCUGAUAAAUAUAAUAUUGGAAUGCACGUUGAUUGUUGUUUGGGCAGUUUCAUAGUACCAUUUUUAGAGGAAGCAGGAUUCCCUGCUCAACUCUUUGAUUUCAGAAUAAAAGGGGUUACUUCAAUUUCAUGUGAUACACAUAAGUACGGAUUUGCACCAAAAGGUUCUUCAGUAAUUAUGUACCGCUCAAAGGCUUUGCGUAGAUAUCAGUAUUUCUUUGCACCCGACUGGACGGGUGGGAUUUAUGCAUCUCCUUCAAUGGCAGGUUCACGUCCUGGAGCAAUCCUUGCUGGGUGUUGGACGGCUAUGAUGAGGAUGGGUAAAAGCGGAUAUAUCGAAUCAACGAAGAAAAUAGUAGGAUGCGCAAAAAAGAUUGAAGCUGGUAUUCGUAAGAUAGACGAUUUAUUCGUAUAUGGAAAACCCCUAGCAUCAGUAGUAGCAUUUGGUUCAAAAACUCUUAACAUUUAUGACAUAAAUGAUAAAAUGUCGAAAAAAGGAUGGAGUCUUAAUGCAUUACAAAGUCCACCAGCGGUUCACAUCGCAUGUACUAUCUUAACUGUACCAAAUGCUGAUCAAUUUGUGACGGAUUUAAGGGAUUGUGUCAAUGAGGUUAAAUCAAAUCCAGAAAGGUCGAAAGAUGGGACUGCAACUAUUUAUGGUUUGGCGGCUACUCUACCCGAUAAAGGCAUUGUUAAUGACAUUGCUUGUGGAUUUUUGGACGCAUUAUACUCUGCUUAG